AUCAAAUUGUUUUUCCCCUGGCCAGCGAUGCACUGGGCUUCGAUGAUGAUAAUCAUAUUAAUUCGCUGGGCUCUGGUAUAUUGUUCACCGUUCAAUCUCACAUGGAUUCCAUUGUUGCUGUCACGACUUUUGGCAGAUGGCGGAACUGAACACACAGUACGUAGCUGCACAGUGAGAACCUCAUGGAUUUUCGUGAUGGUUCAUCUGGAUCCUCGGCAACGACGAAUUUUGCGAGUGGCCCAACUCAAAGCUUCACGUUUGCUAAAGAUGAAACAGAUACCUACUGUAUCUGUGAAUUGCCGGUGGCCUUGGAAGUAUAAUCGGCGAGUCGACGGGAGGAGAAUGCUAAUUAUAUCUAUCAGAA